GCAGGGAGAAGUGGAGGGCGGGGUGGGGGUAUCCCACUCAUAGCAGGCCGCCAGUGGACCACCGGGGUCCAGAUAAAUGGGAGCGCAGAAACGGGACGCGGUGUUCAGUGUCGUUUGGACCGCUUCAAAUCAUCCUGUUCGCGAUGUCUACGCGGUGGUUUCUGCUCCUGUUCUGGGCGCUCUCGGCAGAGGCCGAUUUCUUCCAUUUCGAUAGCAUUAGCAACGUUUCUACUUAUUAUUUUAAUUACAUUUAUUGCAAUAUUUGGGAGGGGGAGUGUCAGCCCAAUCAGGAUGAUGCCACACAGCAAGUUCCUACCAGGGAUAUCUGGGCAGGUUUUCCUCAAGACUACAUGAGCCUGCUGCAUCACUGGUACUGUAGCCUGGGCCAGUGCUGUGAGUCCGGAGACUGCAGGAUAACCAACAACAUCACAGGUCUGGCAAGAGACCUUCAGACGAAGCUCCACGGGCAACAUCUGGCUCAGUCUGUGGUUCUGAAAGCCAUCCAGGGUUUUAUCAACAACCCCGAGUCCAACAAGCCUCUGACGCUCUCUUUCCAUGGCUGGUCUGGAACGGGCAAGAACUUUGUAGCCCGCAUCAUUGCUGAUAACUUGUACCGGGACGGGGUGAAGAGCGAGUGUGUCCGUUUGUUCAUCGCCCCGUUCCACUUCCCGCAUGCCAGGCUGGUGGACACGUACAAGGGCCAGCUGAGAGAAGCGAUCCGAGACAUGGUGCUGCGCUGCCCUCAGACUCUGUUCAUCUUUGACGAGGCUGAAAAGCUCCAUCCGGGCCUCAUCGAUGCCAUUAAGCCCUACAUGGAUCACUACGACAAUGUAGAUGGGGUCAGCUACCGCAGAGCCAUCUUCCUCUUCCUCAGUAACAUUGGUAGCACAACAAUCAACGAUGUAGCGCUGGACUUCUGGCACUCCGGCCAGAAUCGAGAGGACAUCGGUAUGGAAGACCUGGAGCAUCGGCUGCGAGCUGAAACAAUGGAGUCUCAAGGUGGAUUUGCUCAAAGUGAGCUGAUGUCUGGUCACCUCAUUGACUUCUUUGUCCCCUUCCUGCCCCUGGAGUACCGUCACGUUAAGCUCUGUGCACGGGACGCCUACACAGCGCGAGGUCUGGAAACAGAUGAAGCCACAUUGGAUGAGGUGGCCAAGGCAAUGCUGUAUGUCCCUAAAGAGGAGAGACUGUUUUCAGCCCAAGGAUGCAAGUCUAUACCUCAGAGGAUCAACUUCUUUCUUCCCUAGAAUGGGGAGGAGACAGAGAGAGACCUGGAGGAGGUGUAAGAUUGCUUUACCAGCCCAUCUGCGUACAGAGCCACAGAGAUGUGUCUUCUUUGCUCUGAAAAUACUCCCCCCCCCCCCCUCCCCCCCCACAGAUGCAACAUGUGUCUGUCCAGGUCCCCUCAGAGAAGGACAGACAUCAGGGCAGAUCCAGGAUUAGAGGGGAGAGCAGCGUGACCCAGCCUGCAGAGAUGAGCAGCGUCGCAGGAAGUGUGUUUAUGCCAUCAUGUGAAGUGUGGCUGCUCUUCUUCACCUGCCUGGUUUGAAUCCUGUCAAGACAAAGGAGUGAAUAAGAUGGUGGCUGUGCAGAGUAUCUCAUAGAUGAAUGCAUUUUUUCCUUCUCACUAUUUAUAUCUGUUCACUUUGGCCAAAGUCUGAGUUGCACUGUUGUUUGUGUUCAUAUGAGUUUGUAAUUCAUGUGUUAGCAUUUGCAUGUCAGACAUUGUGCUUAUAUCAGCACAGAUUAUUUAUUAAUAUCAUUUGUGCCAUAUUUAAAUAUUUUACUGGGCCACAUUAGGUUUGUGGAGUUCUUUAAACGCACACUUUUUUUGUAUUCAUUUUAACAUUAACAUACAAGGACCUGUGGUGAUGGAAAUGUUGCUUGAAGUUGUUCCUGUGAGGGACCAUGUGUCUGAACCAAUGAACCUCUGCGAAAGUCACCUUUUUAUGUACCUGUUUGAUAAUGACACAUUUCCAAAUGUGAUUUUGAAGUCAUUAUUUUAAUGGAUUUUAAAGUACUGUUACUUAAUAUACAGAUUGUUACAUAGUAGUGUGUUUUAUUCUUUGAUUGCUAUGCCUCACCUAUCAGCAACACAUUCACUCUCACGCAAAGCUGGGGGUCGCAUCACAAAAAGAAAACAAAGAGAAACUGUCAUGGUUGUCAUGGUUUAAACAAAUAAAC